AUGCAUGUUUCCUUCAGAGGCUUCUGGAGAAAUGAGGAAACAAGUAUAGAGUCAGUGAAGAAGUUCUUCGAGAAUGAAGGUGAAAUGGCAAUGACAAUGGAUGGGCUGCCAGACAAGUUCUUUGAGUCCUUUAUCAUGAAAAACAUUAAAGUUGAUCUCCUUGAACCCGGUCGUAUUGUUUGCUCCUUCAGAGUACCUCCUCGUUUGCUGAAAAGAGGCAAUUUCAUGCACGGUGCAGCCUAUGCUUACCCUGGUGAGGAAGUUGGGAUUGAGGCCAAGGCUUUACGAGUUUGGAAGGCAAUUGGUGUUGCCAGUGUUGAGUUAAGGAAGAAGAAGACAUGUAAAAUUAUAGCUCAAGCCCGUCAUACCAAGUACCUUGCUCUCGCUACCAAAAUUUGA